AUGGCGUCUGUUAAAGAGCUGCUCAUAGACUCACUGGAUGAUUUGGAUAAAGCUCAGCUGAAAAGGUUUCGGUGUUUCCUGAGGAAUGAUUAUAAGUUUCCAGAUUCUGUACUGGAGGGAGCAGAUGUCUUAGAUACAGUAACUAAGAUGGUGGAGCGUGAGAAACAAGAAGGAGCUGUUAAGAUCACACUGGACAUCCUGAAGAAGAUAAACCGGAAUGACCUGGUUGAAGAACUAGAGAACAAACACAAAGAAGAGACUUUAGGACUGAAAGAGUUUUUCAGAAGUCAUAAGAUCUACAUGAAGGAGAAAUCAAAACGUAUUUUUGAGGGUAAGAAGGAAAAUGAAGUCGAUCUGAAUGAGAUUUACACAGAUGUGUUCAUCACAGAGGGAGAUAUGAAAGAAGUCAACUGUGAACGUGAGAUUCUGAAGAUUGAUGAUGCCUUCAAAAACACAACCAAGACAUCAAAGGACAAACACAUCAAAUGCAAUAAGAUAUUUCAGUCACUGAGAGACAAGAAGAAGAUUAUUCUGACCAAAGGCGUCGCUGGAAUUGGUAUAACAGUAUCUGUGCAGAAGCUCAUUCUGGAUUGGGCCGAGGGAACAGCCAAUCAGGACGUAGACGCCAUGUUUCUGUUUCCAUUCAGAGACAUGAACCAGAUUAAAGACAAACACAUCAGUUUUCAUGAGUUUCUGCAGGAAUUUUAUCCUGAAAUAAAGAAACUUGAGAAAACAACUGUAAUAGAGUUAACAAAGAAAUAUAAUGUGGCGUUUAUCUUUGAUGGACUCGAUGAGAGUCGCUUGAAUUUGGAUUUUAAAAGCAAAAAACUGUUGAGUGUUGAGGAAAGAUCAUCUGUAGAUGAAAUGAUUAUAAAUCUGAUCAGAGGAGAUCUGCUUCAGUCCUCUCUCAUCUGGAUCACAUCAAGACCAGCAGCAGCCAAUCAGAUUCCUUCUAAGUUUGUAGGUUUGUUCACUGAGGUGAGAGGAUUCACAGACCAGCAGAAAGAGGAAUACUUCAGAAAGAGAAUCAAAGAUAAGAGUCAAGCUGAUCAAAUGAUCAAACACAUCAAGAGAUCUCGUAGUCUCUACAUCAUGUGUCACAUCCCCGUCUUCUGUUGGAUCACAGCCUCAGUACUUCAUGACAUUCUCAUCCAGAACAAUGAAGAAAACAUUGACACGACGCUCACUGAGAUGUACAUUCACUAUCUGCUGAUUCAGAUGAACAUGAAGAACCAGAAGUAUGAUGAGAAAGAUCAAGAAGACUAUAAAAAGCUAUUCAAAUCCAAUAAAACCACCAUUCUGAAGUUGGCUAAGUUGGCGUUUGAGCAGCUGAUGAAAGAGAACAUCAUCUUCUAUGAGGAAGAUCUUGAAGAAUGUGGUAUUGAUGUGAGAGAAGAUUCAGAGUUCUCAGGAAUGAUCGCUGAGAUCUUUAAGAAAGAAUCUGUUCUUCACGAGACAAAAGUCUUCAGCUUUAUUCAUCUGAGCGUUCAAGAGUUUCUGGCUGCGCUGCACGUCUUCAUCUGCUACAUGACCAACAACAUGAAGGACCUUGAGUUUUUCAUGACACCUGAACAAGACACAAAGAUUUCUCUUCAUGACAUUCUGAAGAAGGCCAUUGAUAAAGCCAUGGAGAGUGAGAGAGGACAUCUGGAUCUGUUUUUACGCUUUCUGAUGGGCCUUUCACUGGAGUCUAGUCAGAAGCUUCUCAAAGGUCUGCUCACAUGCACUGAAGACACCAGAGACAGCAUCACAGAAACAACUCAAUACAUUGAGCAGUUACAGGAUCAUUACAAAACCUCAGAUGAAGCUAAAGUGAACCUGUUUUACUGUUUACUGGAGCUGAAGGAUCAGUCAUUAUAUGAGAGAAUCCAGAAAUACUUACAUCCAGAUGAUUCAGAUUCAGUCAUAUAUCUCUCAGAUUCAAUGUGUACACUGAUGAUCUAUGUGCUGCUCAUGUCAGAGAACGUGCUGGAUGAGUUCAACAUGAACAGAUAUGAUGUAGAGGAUUACGAGAGACUUGUUCCAGCUGUGAGAUGUUGUAGACGAGCGCUAUUCUCUGGGUGUGAUCUGACUGCUGAGUCCUGUGAAGUUGUGUCUUCAGCUCUUCAGUCCUCUGAGUGUCCUCUGAGAGAGCUGGACCUGAGUAACAAUGAUCUGAAGGAUUCAGGAGUGAAGCUGAUCUCUGAUGCUCUCAACACUCACAACUGUCAACUACACACACUGAGAUUGUCUGGGUGUAAUGUGACUGAAGAGUGUUGUGUAAGUUUGUCUUCAUGUCUACAAUCAUCAUCGUCUCUGAGAGAGCUGGACCUGAGUAACAAUGAUCUGAAGGAUUCAGGAGUGAAGCUGAUCUCUGAUGCUCUCAACACUCACAACUGUCAACUACACACACUGAGAUUGUCGUUGUGUAAUCUGACUGAAGAGUGUUGUGUAAGUUUGUCUUCAUGUCUACAAUCAUCAUCGUCUCUGAGAGAGCUGGACCUGAGUAACAAUGAUCUGAAGGAUUCAGGAGUGAAGCUGAUCUCUGAUGCUCUCAACACUCACAACUGUCAACUACACACAUUGAGGUUGUCAGGUUGUAUGGUGACAGAUGAAGGUUGUUGUUCUUUGGCUUCAGCUCUGAGUUCACAGUCGUCACACCUGAGAGAGCUGGAUCUGAGCUACAAUCACCCACAACACACAACACAACAGCUGCUCUCUCACACACUCAAUGAUCCAAAGUACACAAUCAAUUUGAGUCAUGGAGGAGAGAGAAGAAUUACAGCAGGACUACACAAGUAUGCGGUUGAUCUCACACUGGAUCUAAACACAACAGACACACAACUCAAAGUGUCUGAAGAGAACAGAAAGAUCACACAUGUGGAAGAGUGUCAGUCGUAUCCUUAUCAUCCAGACAGAUUUGUUGUGUGUCCUCAGGUGUUGUGUAGAGAGAGUCUGACUGGACGCUGUUACUGGGAGACUAAAUGGAGCGGAUCACAUGUUUAUAUAUCAGUGUCAUAUAAAAGCAUUGAGAGGAAAGGAUGGAGGAGUUAUGACUGUUGGUUUGGAUGGAAUGAUAAAUCAUGGAGUCUGAGGUGCUAUAAUAACACAUUCACUGCACGUCACAAUAAUAAUGAUACACACAUUAGUGUAUCUCCAGGUGUGUGUAAGAGAGCAGGUGUGUAUGUGGACCAGUCGGCCGGCACUCUGUCCUUCUACAGCGUCUCUGACACACACACACUCACACACUUACACACAUACUACACAACAUUCACUGAGACUCUCUGUGCUGGACUUGGUGUGUAUGGUGAUGACACCUCAGUGUGUCUGUGUGACAUAAACAGCCUCUAUAGAGCCUCCUGUUAAACACAAGAGUGUGUGUGUGUGUGUGUGUGUCUCUGUGCAAAUACAUCACAAUAAGUGUCAAUAAUGAGUAAAUCUAUAGAUCCUAACACACAUUAUUAAUGUGUUUGUGUGUCAAUAUUUGUCACGUCAGACUUUUAGUCACUAGUUUGUUUCAUCAGAGACAAAAGUCUUGUGUGAGUGGAGGAAGAUUUUCUUUGUAGUUUUCAUCAGUUUCUUGUUUGUGUGUCACUGAUGUGAAAGUUCUCAUGAACAAGAGCAGAUUCAUCUUCUUAUAAUGUGAUCAUGAUAUUAUUCACUGGUGCAGAUCAAGUCUUUUCAGCUCUUUUACUCUCUUUAUCUUUCACUAUUUCUUCUUUCACACUGUAAACAAUCAAACAAGUGUUUUCUCUACAAAGAUAAAAAAGUAUCUUGAAUAUUUAGUUUUUUG